ACCAACAGCCACUCCCGCGCGCGCGCCCGCCCUCUCUCCACGCACACUCAGGCAGACGCGAGAGAAAAGCAAGAGCGCACGAGCAGCCGAGCAGAGUACAUGCGCCUUCGUGAGGCCAUGGAGGGCGACGGAGCCGGGCGCAAGAAACUGAAGCACCGGCUCGCGGCGAUCCUCUCGGCGUUCUCCAGGCGCGUAGGGGGCGGCAGGAAGCGCAGCAAGAACGAGGAGGAGGCGACGCCGCCGCUGGCAUUCCCGUCCUACUCCCGCCUCGGCGGCGGCAAGAAGCCCGGGGGGAUGCUCGACCGCAGGCUCUCCGUCUCCGCGCCGCGCUCCGCGCCGCUGCUCCACAUCACCAUCGACUGCGCGGGCCGCCGCUCUGUCGACGCGGCCGACCCGUCAAUCCUACCGCUUGACGUGGACGCCGCCAGCAGGAAGACGGAGAGGCGGCUCACGGAGAACGGGCUGCCGUACGAGGCCAGUGAGUCUGAGGGCCGCAAGUGCCCGCCGUCCUCGCCGUUCGUGGCGCAUCUGCCGCCGCUUCCGCCCGUGGCGAGGUGGAAGGAGCGGGCCAACAACUCAUCGCGCAGGCUCUCGACGCACUCGUCGCGCAGGCUCGUGAGCAGCUCGUCCUCCGACGAUGAGCACGACGAGGACUCGAGGAACCUCUUCUCCUCGAGGAGCUUCUCCUCCGACUCGUCAGAAUUCUACAACUGCCCGCGCAAGAACACCAGGGCGCGCGCCUCCGUGUCCGGGCCUUGCCGCGCGCCGCCGACUUCCGCGCGUCGUGGCGCGUCGCAGAGCUGCCGGUACAGCUUCGAGCUGCCGCGGGGCUCGACGGCAUCCGCCGCGACGGACGGCGGGUUCGCGGUGGUGAAGCGGUCGGCCGACCCGUACGAGGACUUCCGCAAGUCGAUGCAGGAGAUGAUCGCCGAGUGGCCGGCGGGCGGCGACGGCGACGGCAGCGAGGGGGACCACAGCGCGGAGCGGCUGCUGGAGACGUACCUCGUGCUCAACUCGCCGCGGCACUACCCGGCGAUCCUCGCGGCGUUCGCGGACGUGCGGGAGACGCUCUUCCCCUGAUCGAGCUCGUCUUGAUCGAUCGGCCGGCGCCGCUAUGAUGUUGAUAGGAUCAAUUAACCUUUUCAAACGAAAGUAAUGGAACAAGAAUUGAGCAUAUGUUCUGUCGUGUGCGUACGUGCAUUGGCUCUGUCCUUCGCUGCUGAAUCUUGCUUGCUAACCUCUGCUUAAUUCGACUCUCUUAUUCUGUAGCCUCUGUCUCUGAUGGUAAUCUUCCUUAGUUUGCGGAUGUUAAUUUGUGAGCUUGGACAUGU